AUGGUCUUUAGUUUGACAUCAGCAUUUGCUGCUGUUACGUUUAUUGGUUUACACUAUGCGAAUUACAUGUUCUCAAAGUAUGUUGCUCAGGGUAUUUUAGUGCCGAUAUUGAGUAAGCAAUCGACAAGUGACCAUUUUGUCACUUCUUUAAACGAAAGAUUAUACAAACUUGGAAUUAGUUACAAAGUCCGAAUUUCAGAUGGCAGAAAAGCUUCUCAAGCAACGGUGUCCGCAUCAUACCCAUCUGUAAAAGAUAAGUGGGCUCCAGCAAAAGGUUAUGGCCAAAUUUUUACAUUCACUAAUAAUCUACUCUUCAAUGCCACGGUUUCAUUAUCUUUGCAGAUAGCGUGUCUAUUUUUAUUUGACAUAGCCGGAGUAUUUGACUCCCCGGUGAAAACAUUUGAUACCAAUAUUACCUUGUUGUUUCUCACGAUCAUUCUUUCUUAUGUAUUACCAGGAUGGGUAAUCCAGUGCGUGAUAUAUCAAAGGAUUAGUAGACCAAACAAUAGGAAAAUAUAUGAUCUCAAAAGGGUUCUUCUUACAUUCUGUGCUAUUGAAAUAAUCUGGUUAUUGCUGUUGAGAGCCUGCUCUAGCAUCCUUCUGAAAUCGGGUCUUCAGCUAUCAAAGAUGAGCAUGUUACAAAUGGCAUUGUAUCGGAUAUCUAUUUUUGGGGUUGUUUGUAUGGCAAUUUUGAAUGGAACAGGGUGCAUCAGCUCAAUCUUUUCCUUCAUUACAUUUACAAAGAGUAAAGUUUCGAAGACUGACGUUCUCUCCAUAGUGAAAUCUUUAAAGCUCGUUGACUCAUUGAUUUCAAGUCGAAGAGAACGGUUUUCAUUGCCAGACAACAAUUAUAAUGACGAAUCACUUCUAGAUAACGAAUUAGUUGUUCUUGAAAGUAAUAGGGAUGACCUUAUCAGACGUCUCGCGUUAUCUUCAGAAAAUUAUCUUCGUAAGGAAGGUGAACACAACUUAACUCGAAAGCUUGAGGCUUUAUUUGAGCUAGGACUUCUGGUUUAUUGUUCGUAUAGGGUCAUCAAUAACUUUCUGUUUCAACUACCAAUGAUUAUUCUGGCGAAAAUCGGAAUAUUAAAUGAAAAGACUUCGGAGCAGGAUCCAGUCUCUGCCACUUUAGCAAGGAUAACAGUCAAAUAUUUCAACACUGGUUAUAGUUCGGAACAGCUUGCUGUACUUAUAGAUAUUGGAUUUGCGGUAUGUUUAUUUAUUUGUUCGUUCAGAAGUGUGGAACUCACAUUAUCAAAUAUCGGAAAGGCAUUGCUAUUUAAAACAGGCUUUGAAGACAAAGCAACGAUGAAUGCUUCUAUCUCCCAAUUUAGUUAUGUUUUUAAUUUGGUCGUUGCAGAAGUAACGGGAGUCUAUGUGCUUUCCACAAUUUUACUUUUGGAUAACGGCAGUCUUCAGAGUCAACCGAAAGAAGAAUCCCUAAAUUCCGAAUAUAUUGAUGCACAGUCAAUUAAUGUAUUAUACAGCAGUUGGUUUGGGUUGAGCGCUAUCUGCUCCAUAAUCGGCCUUUACUUAUUGCAAAAAUUUCAGAAUUUUUCAAACAAUGACUUUGAGGAUGAUGAGUACGACGAAGAAAAGCUAGUGGAAGGUAUACGGUCGGUAUAA